AUGUAUAUUCUUUUGAUUCUACUUAUUAGUUUUCCAUUGAAUCAUGGUGAAUGCAAUUACACAACAGAAUGGUUUAACGAAAAUCAUCCGUGGGAAACUCAUUCGAAUGGACAUGAUAUCGAACGUUAUUCCAUUAUUCGAGCAAAAUAUCCAUUGACAUUUGAUAUUACCCAAUGGACAGGUUCCUUUGAAAUACGCAAGGCUGAUGAUCAUCGGAGAGUGGAUCCAGAAAUAUUAAUUGAAAAUUAUACAAAAAUCCAUGAUGGCUUCAUUUGUCAUGCAAUCAAUGGAAAACUAUGUGCUGAUUUUGAAAUUCGCUUUUGUUUAGAAUAUAAGCCAUGCAGUGUAUCAACAUAUCCUCUUGAUGAAAGUCCACUUGCCAGUGGUACAGAAGUUCGUCCACAUUCAUUACCCUGGCAUGUUUCAAUACAAUAUAAAGAACAACAUUUAUGUUCUGGGACUUUAAUCGAUGAUCAACAUGUCCUAACAGCAGCAAGUUGUUUUCAAAGUAAUCUUAUACAUAUACCAUAUUCGGUUGCUCUUGAUGCACAUUAUCUAUCGAAUUCUACUUAUCGUAUUCCAAUUGAUCGUUUUAUAUUUCAUUCUGAUUUUAACCAAGCAACAUUAAUCAAUGAUAUUGCCGUAAUAAAACUCAGUCAGCACAUUCAAUCCUUUUCUGAUCGUAUUCGGCCAGCCUGCUUGGCACGAUCGAUUCGACAACCGGACGUAUCUAGUCUGCUAAUUGUAGCUGGUUGGCGUACGGUAAAAAAUAAUACUUGGUCUGUUUCGAAUACUAAUGAACUCCGACAAGCAAGAUUAACAGCUAUGGAUGAAUGUUCCGAAGUGUAUCCUAAAAGAUAUGAUUUUGAAAAGCAAAUAUGCGCUGGUACACAAGGUUCAAAACGUGAUUUAUGCCUAGGCGACAUGGGUAGCGGACUUUUCGAAAAGCGAAAACAUGAUGUUGAUCGAUGGAUUUUAACAGGCAUUGUUAGCUAUGGAUGUGAGUUUGCAUCAAAUGGUUAUCCAGGUGUUUAUGUACGUAUUAGCCAUUAUUAUGAUUGGAUUCAACAUACGAUUAAAAAAUUGAAUGAAAGAAAAAAAACAAAAUAA